AUGAGGGGAUUUGCGAGGCAUGAACGUCGAUGGGCGUCGGACACCGUCCCCGACGGCGAGACCAAUGUAAGCGGCGGUUCCUCGCCGGGAACUGAUUCCGGCAUCUCUGCCGCAACGGCGGAGGAGUUCGUCGAGGUCACUCUCGAUCUGCAAGACGAUGACACUAUCAUUCUACGUAGUGUUGAACCUGCAACUUUAAUCAACGUCGACCAAGAGGUAUCUGUAGGAGGUACUGAAACUCCGGCGUCAGCAUCUCGCUCUCCAACGAUUCGGCGGAGCUCAUCGAAUCGGCUUCUACAGUUUUCUCAAGAAUUAAAAGCCGAAGCAGUGGCAAAAGCGAAGCAAUUUUCACAAGAGCUUAAAGCGGAGCUACGGAGAUUUCCGUGGAGUCAUGGACAUGCAUCACGUGCGCUUUCUUCGUCUUCGGCGUUGCAAAACGUCGUCGUCGUUGGAGGAAGUAGUGGUUUGGACUCUGCUCUGGCUGCUCGAGCAAUGCGUCGGCAACGAGCUCAGCUGGAUCGAACUCGUUCCGGUGCUCGGAAAGCUCUUCAAGGACUCAAAUUCAUCAGCAAUAGUAAAACUAGCAGUGUCGAUGCGUGGAACGAAGUUCAGGACAAUUUCAACAAACUUUCUAAGAACAAUUGUCUCUAUCGCGCCGAUUUCGCACAAUGCAUAGGAAUGAGAGAUUCCAAGGAAUUUGCGUUGGAAUUGUUUGACGCUCUGAGUAGAAGACGAAGAUUGCAGGUCGACAAGAUCAGCAGAGAUGAGCUGUAUGAAUACUGGUCCCAGAUCACCGAUCAGAGCUUUGAUUCUCGACUCCAGAUCUUCUUCGAUAUGGUGGAUAAGAAUGAAGACGGCCGAAUCACAGAAGAGGAGGUUAAAGAGAUUAUAAUGUUAAGUGCUUCUGCAAAUAAGUUAUCAAGAUUAAAGGAACAAGCGGAGGAAUAUGCAGCUUUGAUCAUGGAAGAGUUGGAUCCCGAAAGGCUUGGCUACAUUGAGGUUGGUUCUCUUACUAAUUAA